GAUGUUCCAGAGUUUCCAAAAUUUUUCCCAUCUUACCUUCCACUUCAACAACUCAACAUCACCUUUAAUUUCCUCAUUUUCGUACAGAAACAUAUCUGAUAAGGAUCACCAAUCGUCCUAGAAGCUUCUGUUCACAAUUGGGAUAGGCCCAAUUAAUUCCUACCAUUGAUUUGUGUCAAAUAAGUAUUGGAGGCUCAUAUUUGGUUCGAAAAGUUUGCCUAUAAAAGGCCUACUUCCCUUGAGACAUUCAUUACUCAUUCAAGUUUGACAUGUUUGAAGAAUAAAGAAGUUUCUUCAAUUGUAGUUUUCUUGCCUUACCCUUCAGCUUUUCAAAUUUGAUCUUUUUCCCGUACUCAAGAAUCGUGCAAAAAAUACUCGGAGAGAAAGAUGAGCAGUACUACUAUUGCUGCAGAUGCGGUUGACCACGAGGGCUUCCCUGCUGACAAGAGUAAAACUGGUGGUUGGGUCCCCGCUGCACUUAUCUUAGGAAUUGAAAUCUGCGAGAGGCUUUCAACAAUGGGAAUAGCGGUGAACCUUGUUACGUACCUCGGUGGAACCAUGCAUCUGCCUAGUGCAGUUUCAGCCAAUACUGUCACAGAUUUCAUGGGAACUUCCUUUCUUCUGUGUUUGCUUGGAGGCUUUCUUGCCGACUCUUUCCUGGGCAGAUACAAGACUAUUGCUAUUUUCUCAACAAUACAAGCAAUGGGAACUGGCAUGCUAGCAAUAACAACAAAAGUACCCCAGCUGCGGCCUCCACCUUGUGCUGCUCAUGCCAACUGCCAAACAGCCAACGGAUUACAAAUGGGAAUGCUGUACCUUGCUCUAUAUCUUAUUGCACUGGGGACAGGUGGCCUCAAAUCAAGCGUUUCAGGAUUUGGAAGUGAUCAAUUCGACGAGAGAGAUGAAAAGGAGAAGUCACAGAUGGCUUAUUUCUUCAACAGGUUCUUUUUGUUCAUCAGUAUAGGAACACUCGCGGCAGUUACUGUCCUUGUUUACCUAGAAGACAAUGUUAGUCGAAGCCUGGCAUAUGGUAUUUGCUCCUUGUCAAUGUUCAUAGCCAUCUUUAUCUUCUUUUCGGGGACAAGAAGAUACAGGUAUAAGAAAACAGUAAGGAGCCCUGUAGUCCAAAUCUUUCAAGUUAUUGCAGCCGCUAUAAGAAAGAGGAAGAUGAAUGUUCCUUACGACAUUAACAUGUUAUACGAAACAAAUCAUGAAGCCUCAAGAAUCCAGCACACUGAUCAGUUUAGAUUCCUGGAUAAGGCUGCUAUUGUUGCAGAAGAUGAUUUCUCUGAGAAAAAAGUUGCUGCAUCUCCAAAUCCUUGGAAUCUAUGCACAGUGACAAGAGUGGAAGAAGUGAAAAUGAUGGCCAGACUACUUCCCAUUUGGGCCACAACAAUCAUUUUCUGGACGACUUAUGCACAGAUGAUCACCUUUUCCGUUGACCAAGCAUCCACCAUGGAGAGAUCAAUUGGCAAUUUCCAAAUUCCAGCAGGAUCACUCACUGUAUUUUUUGUAGCAGCCAUUUUGAUCACGUUGGGAGUCUAUGACCGUCUCAUUAUGCCAUUUUGGAAGAAAUGGAAAGGCAAACCAGGUUUCACUAGCCUACAGAGAAUAGCUAUAGGUCUGGUACUCUCGACGAUCGGGAUGGCAGCUGCUGCUCUAGUUGAGAUGAAAAGAUUGUCGGUCGCAAAAUCCGCCGGGCGAACCACUGCAACAUUGCCCAUAAGCGUGUUUCUUCUGAUCCCACAGUUCUUUCUGGUUGGUUCUGGAGAAGCAUUCAUCUAUACCGGACAGCUUGAUUUUUUCAUAACACAAUCGCCCAAAGGAAUGAAAACCAUGAGCACGGGCCUCUUCUUGACAACUCUAUCACUUGGUUUCUUUUUCAGUAGCAUGCUUGUAUCCAUAGUGAAGGGGGCGACAAGAAGCCAUCGUGGUGAAGGAUGGCUAGCCGAUAAAAUUAACUAUGGAAGGCUCGAUCUCUUCUAUGCACUUCUAGCAGUACUGGGCGUCAUAAAUUUCGUAGUAUAUAGCAUCUGUGCAGUUUGGUACAAGCCUAAGAAGCCAAAUCCUGCCAUGGAAAUGGGCAAUGUUGCCAACGGUGCCGGUGCUGAGGAGAAAUGUUAGUGAUGUUUAGCCAAAACGUCUCCUCCAGUGACCUACCCUUGUAGGCAGACAAGGAUGACGAUUUUGAAGUUCGCUUGUCCUUUUCUUAAUAUAUAGUGAGUUGGUCAAUGACUGUAAUAAAUCCAUUUGGAUUUGGAAAGAAUGUAUGGUUAUUGGCUGCAAGAAUCUCGUUCUUCUUCUUUUUUUUA